AUGUCUUCAAAAAUAUUGGAAGACAUCUUCCAAAUUUCAACAAACCCACAGAAUAUCCCGAAGGGUUACUAUUUGGUAAAUUUUGCAGAACAGGGAAAUGCUCAAACUUUAGAUAUUAAUAAUACUGAUUCUGCUCUUAUAUAUCAAUUAACAGAAAAUGAGUCCUUGGAACAGCCUUUCAGUUAUUUGAAUGAAUGUUUUUUACGCUGUCAAAGGCAAAAAAGGUUAAAUAAAAAUAAUUCUGAACUGGAUGUAGUGUUCAAAGAAAUUGAUAGACUUGUUAUCGGAUAUGGUUUAGUCGCAUUCCAAAUCCAGGAGUUUGCAUUAAAUGGUAAUAUAACUACUUAUAUUGCUCACAUCCUUCACCGAUUCGACUCCUAUUCCGAUUUUUUAUCGCAGAUCAUCCAAAGGGCAAUAAUCGAGGAUUCGCUAGCUGAUUUAUUAAAUAGCUUUUUCCCAAAUAUACUACAAUAUAUUCACAGACCAAAUGCCUUGUUUGAUCUAAAUGAUUCUGUUAAUUACAAUAACACCCUAUCUGUAUUUGAAUUAUUUGUUAAUUUUAAGCAAGUUGCAAGCAUUUUUACCACAAUAGAUGGAUUUCUCCCUCACCAUGAACUGUUAGCCAACGAAUACGAAAAGAAAACAAUUUUGGGUCCAAUUUUGACUCUUUCUCCUCUGAAUAUCAAUGUGGCUUUAAAAAACUAUGGGGAGGUGCUUGAACGUUCCACGACCCAUACAAACAUGAUUCACGAAUCUUUGCAAGCGGAGCAUAAAGUAGUUCUCGAUAGACUCUUCUUUAUCUGUGAUAAAAUUAUUAGAGGCUCUGUGGAAUCACGUACUGAUAUGGUAUCGUACUGGGGACAAAUUGUGAAUAAAAAUCAUUUGAGGAGAGCAGAUCAUGCUGCUCAGAACAAGUUAGCAUCCAAUGCAUUUAUGUCCAAUAUCACUUUAAUUUUAACCAAAUUUUCUCAGCCGUUCUUGGAUGUAUCUUUUAAUAAGAUUGACAAGAUUGAUGUAAAUUUUUUCAAUACCUUAAAUCUAUUCAUUGAUCUUUCGAAUGAGACUCGUCUAAAUUCCGAUUUUAAGGAAGCCGACAAAUUCUAUGAUGACCACAGAAAUGAUGUUAAACCAAAUUUUAUAUCUGAUUGCUUCUUUUUAACUUUGACUUACUUGCAUUACGGUAUUGGUGGUACAUUGCUAUACGAUGAGAAGAUCACCCCUCAAAUAAAGAGAAUAAAAGAGGAAAUUGAAAAAGUGAAAACAUUUGCUGCCUCUAAUUCCCUUCUUUCCAGUUUUGUUGAUGCAAAACUAAAACAACUUGAAAAGACACUAUCAUAUACAAAGGCAUUAAAAGAUGCUCUUAAAGGCUUCUUUUCGAACAAGUCCUUGCAAUUAGAAGUCUUCGACUUCAUAUGUGGUGCAUCGACAUUUUUACUAAGGGUGAUCGAUCCUAAUCAUGAUUUCCCUUUCAAGACAAUCGAACUACCACUUAUCCCAGAUCAAGUGGGUGUUGAAAAUGUGGAUAAUGCCGAUUAUUUGAGAAUACAUGCGCCUGUACCAUUUAAAUAUUAUCCCGAAUUUGUUGUGGAAGGUCCAAUUAACUACUCGUUAUACAUAUCACAUUAUGGUAAUUCUCCAAUAUUUAGAAAUCCUAGAUUACAAUCUUUCGUAGAAUUAGGAACUACAAUUCUACGUUGUCCCGAAUUAGUAUCUAACCCUCACUUAAAAGGUAAACUAGUUCAAUUAUUUAGCGUGGGUUCUAUGCCACUGACUGAUAACUCACCAGGUUUUAUGAUGAAUAUUUUCGAAGAAAACAGCCUGGUGAACAAAAACCUUUUGUAUGCACUACUUGAUUUCUAUGUUAUUGUGGAAAAGACAGGUUCCUCUUCUCAAUUUUACGAUAAAUUUAAUAGUAGAUAUAGUAUAUCUAUUAUUUUAGAGGAAAUGUAUAACAAGAUCCCAAGCUAUAAGAAUCAACUAAUAUGGCAAUCUCAAAAUAAUCCAGAUUUCUUUAUCAGAUUUAUUGCACGUAUGUUAAAUGAUUUAACAUUUUUGCUAGAUGAAGGUCUAAGUAAUUUAUCCGAAGUACACACACUUGGUAAUCAAUUGAAUGACCCUAAUUCUAUAAAUCAACCAGAGGAUGCCACAGAUGAAUCUGCAAAUGAUAUGCAAUCAAGAUAUCAAGCAGCCCAAAGACAGGCUAAAUCCUCCUGUGGGUUAGCUGCAAAAUCGAUGACAUUGUUUGAAUUAUAUACUAAGGAUAUUUCGCAGUGUUUUGUCACGGCUGAAGUUGUAGAUAGACUUGCCAGUAUGUUAAACUAUAAUUUGGAAUCCCUUGUUGGGCCCAAAUGUGGUAAUCUAAGGGUUAAAGAUCCCGAACAAUAUUCGUUUAAUCCAAAGGAGCUAUUAAAAGCGUUAUGUUCCGUUUAUAUCAAUUUAGCUAAUGAAGAUAAUUUUAUAAAGGCUGUUGCAAGGGAUAGUAGAUCCUUUAAUGUUGAUUUUUUCAAGAGAGCUAUUGAUAUUUUAGGUAGAAGGACAGGCCUUGUAUCCGAUGAGUUUUGUACUAAACUCUUUGAAUUUGUGGACAAGGCAGAAAAGACAAGAAAAGAAGAGGAGGAAGAGGAUAUGGAGUAUGAGGAUGCGCCUGAUGAAUUCUUAGAUCCGUUAAUGUAUACUAUAAUGAAGGAUCCAGUGACCUUACCUACCUCCAAGGUUAAUAUUGAUAGGAGUACUAUCAAGGCACAUUUAUUAAGUGAUUCAACAGAUCCUUUCAAUAGAAGUCCAUUACGUUUAGAACAAGUCAUUCCUAAUGAAGAAUUAAAACAACUUAUUACAGAAUGGAAGGCAAGUAAAAAAUCCCAAAAAUAA